AAAAGAGUUGGUCAGACACACAAUGUUGUGAUAUCAAAAAGAAAAGAGUUGAUCACAGCGUUGUGGCUGCUUUGUAAUAACUCGAGGUAGAUUCAAUAAUUUGUAGGCUUAUAAAUUUGAACUAGUUCUCAAUCUAUCUUGAACGUUAAAAAAACGGUCAGUAAUUUCUCCAAAAGAGGUGUGGUGUCAGCACAUAGAGAAGAAUCUAGGGACGCAUGCAAUUCGGAGGAACCCAUUUGGCCGCUCUCUGUUUCAUCACCGACUGGUUAGUUUAGCGCCCGAAGCAGCUCUUUAUUUUCUGAACGAAAACCAGUGAGCUUAAUCGAUUCAAGGGGAAGAAGAAGAUGUCGUGGCAACCGUACGUGGAUGAGCACUUGAUGAUGUGCGACACUGAAGGCAACCGUCUCUCUGCUGCUGCGAUCAUUGGCCAAAACGGCACUGUUUGGGCUCAGAGCUCCAAUUUUCCUCAGUUGAAGCCAGAAGAGUUAACAGCCAUUAUGAAUGAUUUUGCACAACCUGGAUCACUUGCGCCAACUGGUUUGUUCCUUGGUGGCACUAAGUACAUGGUCAUUCAAGGUGAACCGGGUGCUGUCAUAAGAGGAAAAAAGGGUGCUGGCGGGAUUACUAUUAAGAAGACUAAUCUGGGUUUGAUCAUCGGUAUUUAUGAUGAGCCUGUAACUCCUGGUCAGUGCAACAUGAUUGUCGAAAGGCUAGGCGAUUACUUGAUUGAGCAGGGACUGUAAUUUGCUUUUGUAGUAAGCGGUCUGCUGAUUUUGUUGGGGUUUUUCAUUUGUAUCUGUACUGCUAGCGUAGGAUUUGCCUAAUGAGUACUGAAGUUAGUAAUCUGAUCCUUAGUAAGCUGCCAGAAGUUGUAAAAACUAUACUUAAUGCUUUGGGAAACUUGUGUUCCAUGUAUUUAUUCCCAUGAUUUUGGACUAUCAGGUCUCCUAGUGAGGUGUUGUAGCUUGAUGACUUUGUUUAAUUUAUAUGGUGAGAACUUUGGAUUCCUUCA